GCGUUACAUAUGCAAUGCAAUGCAAGAUGCAUUUCAAGUUUCAAUUUCAACGAGUAAAUUUCGAAGUUCAAUUUUACUGAAGUAUACGCAUGGUGAAUUCACAACUUAUCGGAUUUUAAAAGUGUUCAGCAGUAAUUUUGUAGCUUGCAUUAGUUCAUUACUGUGUGUACAUCAUAGGACUCUUCCAAAAAUCUAUUCUUUAUCAGGUGUUCAAAUAUGUAGGUAUUGUCAAGGAUGAGUGGUUCUAAAUGCCAAAAGUGAACAACUGAGGAUUCCCCAUGGUGAUAUAAACCUCUGCUCUAAAAUGUGUAGUCUUCCAAAAGAGGAAGAAGAUGUGAAGCUGGAAACCCAUUAAAGCCCUCCCGUACUAAAAGAACCUGAAGUAAAUGUUAAAAUGGAGUCUGAUAAAAAGUCAAUUGGUACCGAAGAAAGUCCUCAGGUUGCAGAUGCUGGAGAAGGUGCUAUCUGCCAGGAAAGUUCCAAAACUGAGAGUGAAGUAGAUUCGACAGUCAAAGAAGAACCUCCGAAGAUUGAAUCUGGCGAAAACACUGUUGAAGAUACCUCUACAUUUAAAUCUGAUAAAACAAGUGUUGAUUGCAUAGAUACUCUUAAAAAUGAAAGUGAUGAUCAGAAAGUAGAGUGUCAAGAAACACCUCCAGAAAUAUGUAGAGUGGAUUCAUCAAACAUUCAAGAAUUCUGCAGGGAUGAGCUUGAAAAUAAAGAGAUUGACAACAAUAUAAAUAGUAAUGCUACGUCAGACCACAAGAAUGAAGUUGGCGAAGAAACUCAGGAAAACCAAUGUGAUGAGAUGCUCGCGGACGGCGAAGAAACUUCAAAAAAUGGGUCAUCUGACGCAACUGUAGAGUCUCUAAAUCCUCCUGAGAGCGAGAUUGAUGUGAAGUUAAUGGGCAACAAUAAAAGUCUUGUGAACGAGUCGAGUGAAAAGCUGGAAGGCAACAAAGAAACUCUACACCAAAAUUUAAAUGACAAAAUAAUAGAAAACCAGAAAACUCCAAAGAAUAAGUCUCUCGAAAAAGUCAGCAAGGACGAAACUCCUCAAAGUGGAUCAGAUGGAAAAAUGAAGGAUAGCAAAAAAACUGUAAAGAGUCAGUGCAAUGGAAAGACCCCUCACAAAUGUGUCUCAAGUGAUUCAUCUUCUACCAAUGUCCUUGCUGAAUUCAUUCAACGCUUUGAGCUUUCCAAUUCCAGUAAAAAGUCAAUUUCCAAAACUGAAGUAGAGGAUACAAUAACAGACUCUGGAAGGAGUACAUCCACUGGAUGCUCCAAAUCACCUAGCAUGGUUAAAACACUUCCAAGUUUAAACAAUGAUCCAAUCAAAAGUCAAGAGUCAAAAGCAGAUUGCAAAAGUGAGAGACCUCAAACAGAAGGUCUUAAAAAUAGUGAAGAUUGCCCUGCUGUCUCCGUUGAACAGGCAGAAAAGAAUGAAGUUUUAACGUUCAUUACAGAGACAAAGCAACGCAUACAGGCAAAGUUAGAAAUCAGAAUGCGAAAUAAAAAUGCAAUUCGGCUGGAUGAGCAGUCCCUGGCAAAGUUGGAUUCCAGCCUUAAAAAGAAUACAGCCUUUGUGAAGAAAGUGCGAAAUUUCACAGCCGCUCAAUUAGGCAGCCUGCUGAAGGAAAUGCAAACUCUCAAUUUGUCUAAAUAUUUGAGUGAAAUAGCAGCAGCUCUCAUUGAGACGAAAUUAAAAAUGAGUGAUAUUUCAGCAGCUGUUCUGCUUUGCACAGAAAUCAAUUGUAGGUAUGCUGAAUUUGGGAAAUGUAUGCUUGAGUGCUGGCAGAAAACUUUAGCUCAGAAGCGCGACGAAAAAGUAGUGAAUCUGAGUAAAUUUCGAGUGGAUCUUCGUUUUUAUGCGGACCUAAUCUCCUCUGGUGUAUUCUCUUGCAAAGAAGCUCUGCCUCUCCUCGGUAAUGUUCUCACGGUCCUAACAACAUCAAGCCGUGAAGAUUCUAGUCACAUAAGUAUUAUCUUAAGUUUUUGCAAGUACUGCGGAGAAGAUUAUGCAGGCUUAGUACCACGUCGAGUCCACCUGCUUGCAGAAAAGUACAGUUUAGAAAUCCCUAAAAGUGACUUAAUCCCUCCAGAAAAGCAAAAAACAGUGCGUAUGCUCCUAAAAGACUACCAUGCAAAUCUUCAGAAGCAUUUAUUAAAAGAGCACUCCGAGUUCCAAAGAAUUGAAUGCCAAAAUCAAAAGAUUCUUCAAACAAAAGGGGAAUUGAGCAACGAGAAAAAGGAGAAGAGUGAAAUGCUGAACAGCAAUCUGCAGAAACUUCUCGUUUCUGUGUCAAGUCUUGCAGAGCUUGUGGAUGAAGAAGCUGUUGUGCUCCCCGAAAAUAAGCAAACAACUACAGAGAGCACUUGUAUGGUGGCCCCUGUCAAUAAAACAGAUGGAGUUUUUAAAUGCUCAAGCAUUUGGGAAGAUGAAGAAACGCAGAAAUUUUAUGAAGAUUAUCCAGACAUUACAGGGCUUGUUCCUGCCUCCCAGAAAAAACUACGAGAGUCAUCAAAAUCAGAAACAGAAGUCCCUGAACCAAAACUAGAUGAUAUCAAAAUAGAAGAUGAAAGUGAUGAUCUGAAAUUAGAUGAGAAGAAAGAGGAGGAUUCUGAAGACACAGAACCAAUCAGCACAAAUUUUAAGGUCCUUGUUGAUAGUCUAAUCACUGGACUGACAACUUGCGUUAACAGAGAAAUGGUGGAUCGAAUUGCUGCAGAAUUUGUUUUGCAGUUAGGUGUACCGAACAAGCAUGUUCGUCGCAAGAUUGUGAAAACUUUAUUUAUGGUGCCUCGGACACGACUGGACUUGUUGCCCCUAUAUGCACGUUUUGUAGCUGUCUUAAAUCAUAUAGCCCCAGAAAUUACAGCAGACCUCACCUAUCAACUAAAACAAGAAUUCAAGUACCAUGUUCGGAAGAAGGACCAAAUUAACAUAGAAUCCAAAGUGAAAACAGUGAGAUUUAUUGGAGAGCUUGUAAAAUUUGGACUUUAUCCGAAAGAAGAAGGAUUGUAUUGUAUCAAAGUUCUUGUUCAUGACUUUACUCAUCACAAUAUUGAGAUGGCUUGUAAUCUCCUAGAAACUUGUGGCCGCUUCUUUUUCCGUUGUCCAGAAACUCAUCAAAGAACUAAAGUAUACCUGGAGCAAAUGAUGCGGAAGAAAUCUGCUAUGUCUUUAGAUGCCCGUUACAAGAACAUGGUUGAAAAUGUCUACUUCUUUGUCAAUCCGCCAGAUAAUCCAAUUAAAAGGAAAAGGAGACCACCACUGCAAGAAUACAUAAAACAGUUGAUUUAUCAGGAUUUAAGCCUUAAGACAGAGGAGUUUGUCCUGGAGCAACUGAGGAAGUUACCUUGGGAUAAUCGAGAAAUUGCCCAAUAUGCUAUUCUGUGCCUUGCAAGUGCUUGGAAAGUCAAGUAUCUUAAUAUUCGUUGCCUAGCAAAUCUGAUCGCUGGAUUAGUCGAUUAUCAAGAAUUCAUAGGAACUGAAGUUGUGGAUAAUGUUUUAGAGGAUAUAAGAAUAGGCUUGGAGUUGAAUCUACCAAAGCUGAAUCAACGCAGAUUAGCCAUGAUAAAAUAUUUAGGUGAACUGUACAAUUAUCGUCUAUUAGAAAGCUCAGACGUUUUCAAGGUUCUGUAUUCAUUGAUCUCAUUUGGAGUAUCGUUUGAUCCCAAAAUCAUCUCUCCACUUGAUCCUCCUGAAAAUUUAUUCCGCAUCAAAUUAGUAUGUAUUCUACUGGAAACUUGCGGGCAGUUUUUCAAUCAUGGUAUGCCAAAGACUAAACUGGAUUAUUUCUUCAUUUUUUUCCAGAAUUACUAUUGGCACAAAUACUCUCACCCUAUUUGGACCGAGCAGAGCAAAUUUCCAGUAAAUCUAACCUACAUGUUCGAAGACACUCUUCUCAAUCUCCGUCCAAAUUUUAAAAUGGCCUCCAGCCUUGAAGAGGCUAUUGAAGCUUCACAAACACUCCAGACUAAACUCAUGUCCAAACUACCUCCAUCAUUAUUGCAGAUUUCCAACAACAGCAAGUCAGGUCUUGGCACUAUUGUGGAAACAGGUGAAAACAGUGGUAAUGAGUCUGUGGAUGAAGAUGGAGAUUCAGACAAUGAAGAUGGCCCACCAGUUCGAUAUGAGUAUGAAGAGCACGCUCCAAGUUCAGAAUGCAUAACUGUUGAGCAAUCUUUGAACGGGCAUGAAGAAACCAUAAAUCCGAGUGAGGACCCGGAUGAUGAUGAAGAUGAGGAAGAGGAGGAUGUCGUUGAUGAUGAUUAUGAUUACGACUCAGACAGCGAAGAAAUGAAAGACUUUAAUCAGGAGCCAGAGGAUGCAGACUUUUUAAGUGCAUUUGAGCAAAUGGUAUCCGACAAUCUUCAAGAUCGUAUGAACGAGGUUGUGAAGCCGCCUAAAGUUGACAUAGCCAUCCCGCUACAUUUCAAGUCAAGUACAAAGAAAACUUAUGAGCAAUUGAUGCAAAAUGAGGAAAAGGAUGAAAACACCGUCAAUUUUGUACUCAUGCUCCGGAAAGGAUCCAAGUCUCAGUGCAAAACCUUAAAUGUUCCUGGAAAUUCAGAGCUAGCUGUCAAACUGAAAUCCCAAGAGAAAGCAGAGAGAAUAGAAAUGGAAAGAGUAAAACAGCUUACACUAAAUAUCAAUAAUAGAUUAGAGGAAGAGGAUUACCAAGAUCAAGUGCUGCAGAACUCACGAUCUUCAGUUAGCAACUUUAAUAGAGAUAGAAAACAAAGAUACCAACACCCCAAGGGUGCGCCAGACGCUGAUGCCAUUUUUGGUCGAAAGAAAUUUCGGUGAACUUUCAGGCAUGACACCUGUGAUCAAAAUAGACUCUGUGACACAGCUCUGGUGAAAAUAUUCACAAAGCUGGAUUUGAAUGUCUGAGCCUGUCACGUCUGAGCGACCGUAGGUGAAGAAUCAAAGCAGAAUCAGACUUUUCAUUUUCCUAGAAGUUGAGUGUUAAAGUGUGAAGAUACUUCGAAUAUAGAAACCACUUAUUCCCUCAAUUGCUGAACAUCUGAGGAAUGUAUCGUUCAAUUGCAAAGUCUUAAGAGUUUCUAAGAAACAUUUCUUGUAGGCUUUAUCAGUUGUGUUAUUAAUUUUUUGACAAGGGUAAGUAUUGUUGAAAAGAAAUGAGAGUAAACUUUUUCAUGUUCCAGUGGCCUAAGUGAUUUUUUCACGAUAAAAUUUUAAUACAUAAUUUCAUACAGCUUGCAAUUGUUUGCAUAUUUUUAUUGAAAUUUUUUUUUUGGAUACAGAGGACAUAUUGAAAUUAGAAGUUGCACCCUAGAGGCAUUUUACUACAAUUCAAAAUUAUCAACAUUUAAACUAGAAAUUUCCGUUGGUAUUUUCAUAUUUCAAUAGAAUUGAGUAAAUUGUCUUCAAAUUGUCCCUUUUAUUCAAUCAUAAUGUGAGUAGAGGAUGAAACACAAAAAAGGUAGAAGACAUGUUAAGCCAGACAUGGUGCAUUGGUCUGAUUUAAAAAAAAAAAUCAUCUUGAUGGGAAGAAGAAAUUCUCUGCAGAGCAUAAAUAAGUGAAUGAUAUUAGCAUGGCAUUCAUGAACAUGGAAUCACAUCAAGGCACUCGUGAACAUGGAACCACAUCAAAUAUUGAAAAAAAAAUGAGCAAAAGUGAAGUUUCGUUUGUCAUAAAAAAUGUGGUUGCUUUAAAAUGGUUCUUUCCUGUAGUGGUGAAACAAUUUUGUUCCUAAUCCAGUUGCUCCAUGUACAUGUAUUUUUAUUUAUUGCUUGUUAAUAUGUACUUUUUUUUCUUCAUGUAUCCCUCAUUAUAAUUCUUUGUUCAAAAUUCUCCUUUAAACCAAAGCGAUAGAUCUCUCUGGUAAUAUUUAAAGUCAUGCGCAACCUAGGGCAAUUGUAAUGUUUUGAAAUAUUCUCAAUUCAGUGACAGAAAGCAUAUGAGGGGCAUGUUUAAGAUUCAAGAUUGUUCCUUUGGUUUUAGUGCUAAGAUUAUAAUCAGAAGACUAUAGGGCAAUGUAUUGGCUCAUGUUUUCAAGUAAAUUGAAAAUUUGAUAAAUUCGUCUCCAAUGUAUCAUCCGACAGGGUAAAAAAUCAACAUCAUUAAAAUUAUUCCUCUGAAACUUUUUAAACCAAAUUUUAUCAAAUCUCCGUGAACAGGAUCAGUUCAAAGUGUAAAUUUUGACUUCACCUCCGGAGAUCAAACCUUGCAAACAUCACAUAAAAAUUUUGGAUUAAUUUUUAGAAAGAGUUCAUAACUCCGAGACAGUGCUUGAUGUUACUCUACUUGAAAUCUUAAUGUACAAAAGGUUAGUCAUACUAUUUAUCCCAUCCGGAAAAUGCACAAUGAAUUGUUUUAUCCUCCUCUAUCUAAUUGGAAAGGCCACAAUUAUGUGGUAGCAGCAGAUUUUCGUGUCAAAGUUUGACGUUAUUUUCCUUCGCCUUUUUCAACCUAUGUAGGAUGAUGUAGAAGGAGCCAUUUUAGUCAAUUUUCAAAGAUUCCACAUGAUAGCAAUGUCACAUGCCGUGUCAGAGAACUCUGAAAGUAAUACACCUCUUCUUUUUUACAGCAAAAUACAAAAAAAGAAAUGAACAUUUAAUUGUUUUUUCUACUUUCAUUCACUGUUACGGAAUGUUGCACUGAAGUAACUGACUGUUUUUUUUUUUUUUUUUUUUUUUUUUUAUUUUUUUUUUAAAUUAUAAUAAAAGAAUCUCUCUCUUGUAAACUUCAUUUAACCCCUGUUGAGUGGAAUUUUAGUUUACUAGGUCAAAAACAGAUAGUUUUAAUUUUACUUUCUUUUUUUUUAGCCUGUACCUAACAUUUUUCUAAUUAGUCUGCGAAAAAAGCUCUCCAUCAAACAUGGCCUACCACAAUUCUGUUGGUACACCUACCUGUAGUGAGUUUCAACUGUAGGCAUCCCAAAGUUUGUACCCCGGAAAAAUUUUAAAAAUUCUACUUAUCAUCUCAAAUCUUUCUCAUCUUUUAUUUUUUCAUGGAGCACAACCGAGAAAACUUUAGAAUAUAUCUUACCCUUUGAUCUUAGUAGAAAUCUUUUCAUCUUAUUUUGUUCUGUAAUAUCUGCAACUUGUCGUUUUCUAUUUUAUUUCUAUUCAGUAAAUUUCUACCGAUCAUUUCUUUCA